AUGGCUGGGUUCUUAGAUGACGGCGUAUUCGGUCACCCAGGGACUUUGCUUGAACGUGCGAAAGCCAAGCUACUAAGCUUCCCUCCCAUCACCAAGAAUAAGGCGCAGUUUGAGAAGUCACUGGAUAAAGUGCUGGCCGAAUUGCCGGAGCUCAUUCAUCGAUACUCAAAAGCCACAGGUAAAGACUGGACCAAAAAGCUCAAGAAGGUCGUCUGUGGCAACCUGACACUCGCAUUGGUGCAGGACAACGCCACCGAAGUACCCGCAGCUCUGAUGCAGAACGACGACGAAGCCGUGGCCCAGGCACAGGAUGAGCAUAACUACUUCCAGACUAAGCUGCUUGCGCUGUUUGGGCUGUUUCUGUCGGGUGUGGAGGCUGACGGUGGCAUCGAUGUGCUGAUGUACGGUGCCUGUGCGUGCCUGUCUGUGUGUAUUUGA